AUACUCUGAAAACACAGAAUUAUUGUAUUGAACCAAAUCACCAAAUAAACUCGCAAAUUUGUAGUGAAAAUAAAAGGAAUGAAAUAAGUAUGUCGUGAAUGCUGGGAGCUGAUAAAUUCACCAAUAAAUAUAUUAUGCAGCGAAACAAGCGGGGGUCGGGCGUUUAUUGUUUAGUGAAUAUUGCGACACUGCAACGCACUACGUCAAGGCUAAUACAAACUCAUAAAAUACACUUUUGAUUUAAACAUUUUCCGUUAUUAAAUGUUUCUGUAAAUUCUGACAGAAACAUGAAGCCGAUCGACACUUUAUUACUGUUGAGCGUGGCCCUCGGCCGCCGCCAGGCCGCAUUCGUCCCCGAAAACCAAGACGCAGGUAACAGGGAUUUGGUGGAUGUCGUCAAAUUGAAUCUUCGUAGAGAUAAUGAUGAUUACACCGACGCUCCGGCUACCAAAUUGGAAACUGCGACGGAUUCUGCUAUAACUACGAAGUUUCCUUCUUAUAUUGAAAGAAAUAAAGUGAAGGGAUUGAGAAGAGCCAAUAAAGAGAGUAAAAGUGAAGUGUUCGAUGAGAAUCUCAUGUAUGAAGUAGAACAAAACGUUAUUGGACACAAUUUUACGAAUAAUUAUCGAAAAAGUAAAUUGGGAAACUGGAAAAUAACACCGUUAAUCGGAGGUCAAAAAAACUUAAAUAGAUUGUCCAUACAAAGCCAGCUCAAAAUCACAACACAAAAGCGAGUCAUUUUAAAAUCUAAUCCGAAUAAAAUAGAAAAAUUUCAAAAAUUUUUUGAGAAAAAUAAGGAAUUGUUUAAAGAGUUUCUAAGCAGUAAAAUAGCUGCGAGAACACAGGUUUCGGGAUUCUUCACGAGGGGAGGGCCGACAGCAACUAUGAAAGGGAUCACAAUGAAAAUUAAUAGGAAACCCGUGCAGAAGAGAGGAUGGCUAGACGGGGACGAGAGCGGUGGCACCACCGAGCCCUUGGACCCUGAUCGGCUAGACAUGCUGCCCGCGGUCGGCGGCCGCGUGCACUACUGGAGAAUACGGGGUCGACUAUGUCACCGACACGUCUUGAUGCCGGAAGGGCCCAAGUACGACAGCAAGGGGCGCGUGUACCUUCCCGCCCACACCGACAGCGUACACCGACCUUACAAUGUCACGCGCCGCCCCCACCUGCUGCUGCCCAAAUGCUGCAACUGCUGCAAGAAGUCCGUUCUCGGCUGCGAGUGACAUCCGACAAGUCACGAACCGAGUAUUCUGGGACUGCGUUAAUAUGUAAAUAAAAGACGAUAAUCAGAAAUCAACUUCAUUAAUGUGAACACAAAUGUUGAAUCGAUGAGAUCACUUUAUCUAAAUGAUAAUUAGCGGGCCGCUGAAAUUGUGAAAAAAUACUUUAUAAAAAAGAGUUAUAUAUAUGUAUACCUAUUUAUAAUACAUUUAUGUUAAAUAUGUACCUACGCAACGUUUUCUCAUUAUCAUCAUUAUGCGUAAUUUCUAAGUAUGAACCGGUUUCUUUGUUACUUCAGUAAUUGAAUAUAUCGAAAA